CCCCCAAACCUUCUUCUCUGGCCUCUUGAGGGACUACCGUUGCCGCGGUUUCGGCUUCCACGAUCUGCGUUGGGGCUAAACGACCACGGCGGCCUCCAGUGCCGUUUCCCUUGUGCCUGACUCUGCCCUAUUCGUUCCCAGGCGCCCGCCCGGGUUUCAGCAGCGGCUGCGGCCAUGUUGUGAGGCGGCGGCGUGGGUGUCUGAAGGAUGGUUUGGCCGAAGCCGCGGCAACGGCUGCUGACGGCGGCGGCAGCGGGGGCUCGGGCUCUGUAGAGCCAAGUCCUCUGUGUGUCCGACCGGUACUGCAGCGAGGCCCGUGUCCCUGGACCUUGCCUGUGUUCCGGCGCCGUUGGAGACCGGUUAGGCGACAGCGCCCUCCUCUCUGAGGAUACCCCAAGGUGGUUUCCCGGUGCUCAAAUUCCUGACCACCUUGCUUUCCUUUCCGGACUUGGGCAGUGCUGUCCCCAGAAUCCUCGGUUCCACGAUUUUUCUCCCAGCCUUGCCCGAAAUCUCACAAACGGGUGUUAUCCGCCCUCUAGUGCCAACCCCCCUACCCCUUCAUUUUCAGCACCCUCUACUCAUAGCGCCUCUGGGAUCACGCCGAGGGCGGCCUUUUGAAAAAUCUUUGUGGAGUAGUGGACCAGAACUGGGGAGUUUUUAAAAGACGGAACGCAAGAGGUAGGAAGAUACGAUGGCCUCCUCGUCUGGCAACGAUGAUGAUCUGACGAUACCCAGAGCUGCUAUCAAUAAGAUGAUCAAAGAGACUCUUCCUAAUGUCCGGGUGGCCAACGAUGCCCGGGAGCUGGUGGUGAACUGCUGCACUGAAUUCAUUCAUCUUAUAUCUUCUGAAGCCAAUGAGAUUUGCAACAAAUCGGAAAAAAAGACCAUCUCGCCAGAGCAUGUCAUACAAGCACUAGAAAGUUUGGGCUUUGGCUCUUAUAUUAGUGAAGUAAAAGAAGUUUUACAAGAAUGCAAGACUGUAGCAUUAAAAAGAAGAAAGGCCAGUUCUCGUUUGGAAAACCUUGGCAUUCCUGAAGAAGAGUUAUUGAGGCAGCAACAGGAAUUAUUUGCAAAAGCCAGACAGCAACAAGCAGAACUGGCCCAGCAAGAAUGGCUUCAAAUGCAGCUAGCUGCCCAACAAGCACAGCUUGCUGCUGCCUCAGCCAGUGCAUCUAACCAGGCAGGAUCUUCUCAGGAUGAAGAAGAUGAUGAUGAUAUCUGAAAUUCACCAGCUGAGGUUCUGUUUCCUCUAUAAAUGUUUCUCUCUGCACAAGAAAACAGUGAAAGAAAUGCUUAUCUGUAAUUUUGUAUGCAUCUUGGUGGACUGGCCACUGGUAUUCUAGGGAUGUCUGCUGUUAACUUUCAUCUAUUGUGUGCUAUUCAUGUAAAAACUGUCUCUUUGAGCUGUUGAAAAUUUAGGCUCAGUAUAAUAUCAAUUUUGAAUUUUUAAUGGUGUUUAUGAGAUUUUAGAUAGCAGUGAGUCCUUUAUUGAUCAGUAAACAGUGUUAAAGGGAACUUCAAGUUUAUAAAAAUAUAGUGAAAUUUAUAUGGAAAUCCUAAAUCUGCAUUUUUCAUUUCCUCUGCCCUUUUAACUAAACUAAAAAUUGGGAAUUUUAAAUUAUUGGGUUGGGGGUACUGUGCAAUGCAUUAGACAUUAGGUCAGAUUGGUAAAAAAAAAAACAAAGACUUCAGUUCUGUAAUAGCUGAUUUUUUUGUCUUUUAAAAUAAGUAUAUCUACAGGCCACACACACGUGUGUGGUGUGUGUGUGUGUUUAUAUAUACAGCAACACAUAUACACUCAGAUAAAUAUAUUUGUUUGAAAGAAUUUCAAAACAAGACAUUCAGAAACUAGGAAGGGGUAUGUUCUAUGCUAGUUGUAUAAAUUUGGUGGGUUAUAUUUUCAAUUUUGUUUUUUUGUUUUAUGUAGAGAUAAAACUACUGUUUUAUUAUGGCUUAAUUCAUCUUGAGCUAAACUAUCACAUUUCAAAGACUGUCCAAUUUUGAGGACUGUCAUGAUUCUUACUACUUCACUCCAAUAAUUGUCAAUAGUAUUACUUGCUUAGUCUAUUCAUGUUUAUUAGAACUUGUGAAACAAUUGCCUAGGUUCCAUCAGUUUAACUGAGGUAAAUGAAUAUUCAAACCUUUGCUGGGGGAAAGAAAUGGAAGUUAAUGAGCAUGCUUGCUAUAAAAGAGGAUUUUUUUGUAAUUUAACUUAUAGUUUACUUAUUGUUUGUUUUUAGCAUUACUCUUACAUUUUCUUGACUAGAUGUUCUACAGUGUCCAAUGCUUCCUUUGAAAUGGCAUCGUCUCCAUCAUAGAGCGAUAGCUUUAAAAAAAUGAUUUGUUUU